CUGAAAUUUCAGCGCAUCGUUGCAUUUGAGAGAUCGUUUUUCUGAGGCACCAAGAUGAACAAAAUCUUGUGCGGGAUCUUUGCAGUGGCCGCGUUCUUUCUCCUCAGCGGAGAUGCCUUGACAUGUAAUCAGUGCAGUGUGGGAAUUCUGGGUAAAUGUCUGAUCCCGAACUCAGUAGACUGCAGUGCUUCCCAGCCCAACUGCUACACUGGAAAAGCAGAGUUCCCCUCCAUCUCCGGGUUCCUGGGUUUCAACACUCAAGGGUGCCUGGAGUCCGGCCUGUGCAACGCCACCACCAACGGUACCAUCCUGGGCGCCACCUACACCGUGACCCGCACCUGCUGUGCCUCGGACAAGUGCAACCCUGUGGUGAGCGGAGCCGGGUCUGUCCAGCUGUCCCUGACCGCUGCUGUCAGCGCUGCCCUGGUGGCCUCCGUGUGGGGCAGCUGGCAGUAUUAGGCGUCACAGCGUAGAGCCGAAUCACUUCAAGCAGCCACCUCAUCGAGUCUCUGUCAAAUCUCAUUUCUGCACUGACUUUAUUUUAUUUUGUUUUUUUGCUGCUCAAACCGGUUUGGCUGUACACACUGAUGGAUUUAACUGGUUUGACUCCUCUUUUGUUCACGCUGGCCACUCAAACCGGUUUGACUUCCGGAUCUGCCAAGACCUAGCCCUAGUAUUUCAAAAAACAACAGGAAUAUACGAAAGAGGUGAAUUACGCGCAAGGUUUUCUCCAACAUGGGUCAAACGCUGGCAGUUUUAAAGCUUGAUUUUCUAACAUGAUGCCAUGGCUACCCCAACCUCACAAAUGCUUCUGUCACUUACUGUCCUAUUUAAGUAGUCUGCAGUGCUCCUUCUACGUAAGGUGAAUGUUGAUGUCUGUAAUUAGACAAAAAAUGGUAUUACACAGGGUUAAGCUGCUUAGAUAAUACGUCACUGCUGUUUGUACAGAAUCCUCAUUUUUACCUCAUUACUGUAAUUCUUCAUUAGGGGAGAGUGCCACUGUAACUUUAGACAAAAGGGAACACUAUAAUAUCUGUCACACAGUCACACAAUUUCAGUGACCUGCUAUUCUUACUCAUCUUCGAUCUCCCAGCUGGCCUCCUCUUCACCUGUGACCUGGAAGUAGAAAAUGUGGUGUUUCAUUCACAACACUGAAUUCUUAAAUCCUUUCAGCUUUAGGCUUCUU